AUGGAGACAAAUCAAGAUAUUAUACUUCUAAAAGAGUCUUUCUUAGAAUUCGUUAACAAAGUAUAACCAAUUUUUACAGGAUAAGUGUUGGAAUUAUUUAAUUCAAAAUGGACACCCUUAAAAAAAUUACUAUCUGAUCCUUAAAAUAAUGCUAGUGAAAUAUUCAUUCUAGUUUCAUCAAUGUCAUAAUUAAAAAAAAGUAAUUCUUCUUUUAUUUCAACAAAUUCCCCAAACUCUGACUGCAGCAUCUAAAAUAAAUAAAAAAUAGUUGAUUAAUAAGGAAAAACUAAAGAAUUGAUAGAGUAAAAAAAAGAAAUUACAAAAGUAAAAGAAUAAGCAAAUCCUUUAACUUACAAGGAACUAAAAAUUGGUAUUUAUUAUAAACUAUAAUUUACUAUAGAAAUUAAUAAGAACUUUUUUCUUAACACACCAAAAUCAAGACCAAAUUCUCAAAAGGAUUUAGAAUGUAAUAGCAAUAGAUAAGGAUAUGAAGAAGAUAUUAAAGCAAAAAUUCUUAGAGAUGAUAUCAAAUGUAAAUUAAUUUUUUAUUAACUUGCAAUUUAGUUUUGAAUUAAUUAAGAAAUGCUAUACCUGAAAAGAAAAUUCCAGUAAGUAUUAACUUAGAUUUGGAUUCUAAAAUUUAAGAUGCUAUUUUAUAAUUUAAGAAAAAUAAUUCAAUUCUAAAGACUGUUCAUGAAAGAAGCUCAGAAAUUACAACACCUUAAAGUCCCAAAAAUAUUUAUUAAGACUCUCCUCUAAUGUAUUUGCAUAAACCUAUGUAUUAAUACAUUCAAAAUCCAAUUAUAUAACAAUAAUUAAAUAAUGAAGGAUUAAAAGGAUAUAGCAUUUAUUCAAAAAAUGGUAUUGCGUAACCUAUUUAAUUUGAUAAUCAAUUUCAAAUGAUAGUGCAGCAAUAUAAAAAUAAUUUAAUCUAUAAAAAGUUAUAUUUUUGA